AUGUUAGGCCAGAGUAUCCGGAGGUUCACCACGUCCGUGGUCCGCCGCAGCCAUUAUGAGCAGGGUCCUCGGAAGAAUUUGCCAUUUUCUGUGGAAAGCAAGUGGCAGUUAUUGGCUACAAUGACUGUGUACUUUGGGUCUGGAUUUGCUGCUCCUUUCUGUAUAGUAAGCCAGCAGCUACUUAAAAAAUAA